AUGUCUUUGUAUGCGAAUCCUCGACAGAGCUCAAUAGUCCACAUCACCAAGACCGAUUUCGGCAUCCAAUUCCACAAGGCAGACUUGGAAGUUUCCAGCAUUAUUGGAAAUGUCUCAGAUUUCGCUGCCUGGCAUUCUCACGUCGGGGUUACACAGUUCCCACGGCAACAGGCUAGGUCCGACAAGGAUGCCACUCUUCAACUUUGUCAGAACACUUGCGUGACACGACCGAAGUCGGAUGGUUCAAUCAAAGAGUUUCCAAGCUAUGUACCUUAUGAUGUAACACUCAGGUCCGAACAAAAUGUAUUUUGUCCGUCUAAGUCGCGUCACAUGGUCUCUCACUGCCACAUCCGCCCGACACAGCGCCAUACGAAGCAUAAGACGGAAAGAUUCCCUUCAAUGUUACCUGGCGGCGAACACCUUGACCACGGGAGGCUUGGCCACAAGAUGGCUGUCGAAUUGCUGAGCCGUUCAAUCAUGGACCAAAACGGAAACAGGCUGCCGCUGUCAGCAGAGUGGAAAUCUGUCACGAGUUAUGGCACGCAGCAAUGGGCAUACGGAGUGUGGUAA